AUGCGGCGAACCCUCGCAGCGAAGCGCAGCGCGCGUGCCGUGCUUGGACUAGAUGAACGGCUACACUACUCCGCGGCGGAGGUAAAGGCGGCGUACCGUCGGCAAGUCAAAUUUUUGCACCCCGAUGCAGGCGGUAGUGCGGAGCGUUUUCGCGAGCUGCACGACGCGUACUCUUCGUUGUGCGGAGCUCGCAAGGCCACCGACGCGGCGUCCGAGGGGUGCGACGGGACUCCGUUUUACAACAACGCCCAUUCUCGGUGGUGCAGUGGCCGGUACGAGGAGGGCAGCUGUGGUGCGGCGUUUGCGCGCGGCGCCUUCAGCGGUGACUCCCGUAGUGGCGACGCGGACUUUGGGGCGGGGUGGGACGGCGACAGGCGAUACGCAAACCGCUCGACCCGCGACUUCUACCGCCCGUACACCUCCAACCCCUUUGCCCAUGGCUACACCGACGCGGAGGUGGCCGCGGCGGGGCGACGGAAUCGGUGGCGGGUGGCGUGGGCGGCGCUGAAGCACGGGCUUCUCUGGGGCGGCCUGGCGUACCUCCUCUUCGUGUGCUGGCGCGAGAACCGCGUGGGGCGCGCCAUCGAGGCCCGCAAAGACGGCUACGUGGACCCGGCGUACUGGGAGAAGCUGCGGGGGGACGAGCGGCGUGGGUUUCCCCCGCUGGUGCAACAGCACUGGACGGAUGUGCACAAUGAGGAGUUUAGGCUGGCAUGGAACAAGCGCCUUGAGGAGCAGCGGCGGCGGGGAUCGCCGCUCGGGGGCGGAGGCGGCUACGCAGGCCGCCCGGUGGCAGUGACGUUUCAGGGCCGCCCGUUCACGGCAACGGGGGUCCGCGGCGCCCGCAGCGGCGUCCCGAAGACCGCGGCGACGUACGAGAGCGACGAGCACUGCGAGCUGGACGACGUGGAGCGUGACUGA